AUGCCCUAUACACCGUCUGGCUUUUUCUGCGACCGGUUGAUCCGGGAACGAGAGAGGAGAGACGGGGAAGGGUCUCUGAACAAGCCCCUCCGCUUCAACGGCCAGGACUUCAACAUCCUGAGACAGGAGUACCUUCAGAGGAAGAACCUGUUUGAGGAUGACUCUUUCCCGGCCACCGUGGAGUCUCUGGGCUUCAAGGAGCUCGGACACAAGUCCAACAAGGUCAAGAACAUCGUCUGGAAGAGGCCCAAGGAAAUCUGUGAGAAUCCUCAGUUCAUUGUUGGAGGAGCCAGUAGGACAGACAUCUGCCAGGGAGAUCUUGGUGACUGCUGGCUGCUGGCUGCCAUUGCCUGUCUCACCCUGAAUGAGAAGCUUCUCUACCGUGUUGUUCCCCAGGAGCAAAGCUUCUCAGAGGGUUAUGCCGGCAUCUUCCACUUCCAGUUCUGGCGUUAUGGCGACUGGGUCGAUGUCGUCAUUGACGACCGCAUCCCAACCUUCAACAACCAGCUGGUCUUCACUAAGUCCGCCGAGAGGAACGAGUUCUGGAGCGCCCUGCUGGAGAAGGCCUAUGCCAAGCUGCACGGCUCCUACGAGGCCCUGAAGGGUGGAAACACCACAGAGGCCAUGGAGGAUUUCACCGGCGGAGUCACGGAGUUCUAUGAGAUGAAGGAAGCUCCCAAAGAGCUCUACAAGAUAAUGAAGAAAGCUCUGGAGAGAGGCUCGCUUAUGGGCUGCUCCAUUGAUUCCCUGGUUCCCGCUCGCUUUGAGACUCGUACUGUGACGGGACUUGUGAAGGGUCACGCCUACUCUGUGACGGCAGUGGAGGAGUGUAAACCGUCUCAGCACAAGGACUCUAAAGUUCGUCUGGUGCGUCUCAGGAACCCGUGGGGUCAGGUGGAGUGGAACGGUCCCUGGAGUGACAACUCUAAGGAGUGGGCCACACUCUCUAAGGCUGAAAAAGAGAAGCUACAGCAUCAGAGUGCUGAGGACGGAGAGUUCUGGAUGUCAUUCGAGGAUUUCAAGAAGAACUACACCAAGAUUGAGAUCUGUAACCUCACCCCUGAUGCCCUGGAGGACGAUAAGAUCCACAAGUGGACAGUUUCUGUGAACGAGGGCCGCUGGGUGAGAGGCUGCUCCGCCGGAGGCUGCAGGAACUACCCAGACACUUUCUGGACCAACCCUCAGUACCGCCUUCGUUUGCUGGAGGAGGAUGAUGAUCCCGAGGACAACGAGGUGGGCUGCACCUUCGUGGUGGCUCUGAUGCAGAAGAACAGGCGGAAAGAGCGCAAGAUGGGAGCCAACCUCUUCACCAUCGGAUUCGCUAUUUAUGAGGUGCCAAAGGAGAUGCAUGGGAACAAGCAGCACAUGCAGAAGGACUUCUUCCUGUUCAACUCCUCCAAGGCUCGCUGCAAGUCCUACAUCAACCUGCGCGAGGUGACCCAGCGUUUCCGCCUGAGCCCCGGAGAGUACGUCAUCGUUCCCUCCACGUACGAGCCGCACCAGGAGGGAGAGUUCAUCCUGCGAGUCUUCUCUGAAAAGAAGAACACCUCAGAGGAGAUAGAGAACAGGAUCGAGGCCGACCACCCAGUGGUAAGAGUGAAAGAGAAAAGACAAGCUUUGCACAAACUUUUUUCCCUUCACUUCUUCUCCCUCUUGCCUCAUUUAUCUCUCUCUCUACUUUUCGGCUCCAUGAUGCCUCAGCCGGCGCCGGCCUCGGCGGGGGAAGAGAGCGAGGAGGAUCAGCAGUUCCGGACUAUUUUUCAGGAGAUAGCUGGAGAUGACAUGGAAAUCACAGCCAACGAACUGAAAAAUGUUCUCAACAGAGUGAUCACCAAACAUAAGGACCUGAACACAGAGGGCUUCAGUCUGGAGAGCUGCAGGAGCAUGAUUGCUCUGAUGGACAUGGACGGGACAGGCAGACUCAACCUUCAGGAGUUCAGACAUCUGUGGAAUAAGAUCAAACAAUGGCAGGGAAUCUUUAAACACUAUAACGCUGACCAGUCUGGCAGCAUCAACAGUUACGAGAUGAGGAAUGCUGUCAAUGAUGCAGGCUUCCGUCUCAACAACCAGCUGUACGACAUCAUCACCAUGCGCUACGCAAACGAGAACAUGAACAUCGACUUUGACAGCUUCAUCAGCUGUCUGGUUCGGCUCGAAGCCAUGUUCAGGGCGUUCCAGGCCUUUGACCAGGACGGAGAUGGUACAAUCAGACUCAGUGUCCUGGAGUGGCUCCAGUUGACCAUGUACGCCUAGAAAGGCCCAUCUUCUCCCAGGUGAGCUCCACUCCACACGAGGACCAGACCUGCCAGCCUUUACCUCAAUCUUCAGUGUGCCCGACCGCCGUUAGCUCUCAUCCACCUCACCUCCAGCCUUCCCUCCCUCAGUCCCAACAGCUCUGCUUUCUACUCCAAAAUGUUCAGCAUGCUUCUUCCAUUUUAUCUUCUCCAUUUCUCUCUUUCUACAGUAGGUCUCAGGCCUUUUGCAUUUGUCCUCCAAUUAUCAUCAAAAUAUCAGUCUCCUUUUCAGUCAUCAGCUUUGUUUUUAAUUUUUUUUUUUUUAAAACACACCCUUACCUUGUACCGUAUUUUUCUCAGGCAUCAAACACACACAACCUCCUUUUUUUCUGUCACAAUACCUCACAGAGCCUCUCCCAGUAACCCAUUUCUGUGCUAGUUUACUGUUCAUCUCUCUUGACUAAUAUCUGCUCCUUUAACCAUCACCCCCGUCUUAUCAAACUGAGCAGCAGGGGCAUUUUUCCUGUAUCCAUUCCAGUGAACUGAGCUCUCUCUGGUGGACAAUGAAUAAACCUGUGAAUCACUCCUACACCUGUUACAUUUCUGACAGCACAACCAACAAUUUCUGUAAGAUAAGAUUUCUGGGGCCUCCUAAACAAAUAUCACUCUGCCCUGACCCUGUUUUUCAUUCACUUAUUUUUGUCAAUAAAAUAAUAAUCCUGGAUUUAUUGUUGGCUUAGAGUAGAACAUUAGUAUGUUUCACCCCAUCAAGUGACAGUUUUGGGUCUGAGCCAUCCAGUGUGCUCCAGGCCUAUGGAUAGCGCCCCCUGGUGGACAAACUCAGGCUUCUUCUGUUCAUCUCAGCCUCCAGCCAGUGUGAAUUUAACACCUCCCAACUGCAAAACUGUCCAGUCUGCCAGCCGUUCAGCUCUGCAUGUGGAUGGAUGAGAUUCAAGAACAAAACUGUGGAGCCGACGAGUUUUUUUCUUAACACCGAUGUUCAAGGUUCAAAUAUGGAUUUGAAAGAACAUGGCUGAGGGGGUGGACUGCAGCUU